AUGCCAAAUACAAAGCAAGCCUUCCAGGCGUUUCGAACAAGCGAGAUUCGUUAUGACAAACUUGUGCUCUCGACCAAUAAUGCAAAAACUACCGGAACUGCUUGGUUUGCCAAGCUGUUUGCGGCGCACCGGUCUCACGACAUGCUCGACGUCACAUUUUCCGCAUCUGUUUCCGUCCAGAUGCUGCUUGCCUUCCUGGUGUUGGUCCUCAUCGGUGCACGAUUUUAUCUCAAGCUCGGCAUCCAGCGGAAAUCGCUCGAGGCAACCGACUAUUUGAUCUUUGCCGCAUGGUUGUGUGCUGUCGCCUCGACUUCUGCAGACAUCGCCAUGUUACAUGUCAACAUGCCUUUCGACACCCUGGCGAGCUUUGCCAAUUAUGAGCCCGACCGUCCUGAGACUUUUGUGUUUAUCCUCAAGUACCUAUUCGGUGUCGUGUUUGUUUUUUACCUCGGCUAUUACUUGUGCAAGUUCGCCAUCCUCAGCGUCUACCUUCAACUAUUUCCUCGGCACAUGAAGGGCAUAAGAUAUGCGCUGUAUGGUACGAUAGGAUGCAACGUUGGUGCUUUUAUGGCUUCCAUCUUGAUUAUCCUUCUCAGCUGCGUACCGGUACCUCGUAACUGGUCACUCGAUCCAAACGACGCAUGCCCUAUGAAUAUAGCAAUUUCCGACGCGCUUUGGGCGAUUCACAUCGGAUCGUCCAUCAUGAUUUAUGUUCUGCCAUUCUUGAUAAUGCGAGGUAUGCAGAUGAAGAGACCAGUAAAGAUCGGACUCUACAUUACAUUCGGCCUUGGCGGCAUCGAUCUCGUGGCCAGCAGCUUGAUGCGCUUUGUCUGGUUUCGGCCCGGCGCUGAUGACCUGCGCAUCGCAAACUUGGAUUUGUACUACGCAAUCGACAACUACAUCUUCCUGACGGUUGCCUGCCUACCAUCACUGCGCCCCUACCUGGGCAUGAUGAAAUCGACAGGAGGCUCGGCGCGGUCAUCGAGACAGACCAAGUCGUCGGAGGGGUCGUCGGCGGCUUCCAAACCGCAGGAACUGUCCUUGAGGAACUCCCACCCGUGGAGGCAGCAGCCGUCGCAGCUGUCGCCCAUAUCUCCAAAGGCUCCAGUCACGCGGCUGGGCAGUAUGGAUACUCUUGAGGGUCGGCGCGCCGACGUGUACGAUCAUGAACUUGAAGAAAUGCCGAGAGGCGGCGUUGCGACUUCGCCCGUGUAG